UAGCUAGUAUGAUUAACAUUUGAACGCAAUGUUAGACCCUUUCGUCUGAAUUCUUAUUUUGCGCCGACAGUAUAUUUGAGGCAUUAUUAUUUUGAACCAAAAUCUCAAAUAUAUACCACAAAAUAUUAAAAAAAAGGGGGCGAAAAAGAAAAAGCCCUUUGGUUUGAAAUUUAUCUACCAUUCCCUGUCUAUUGCUUGAUUGACGACGUACUUCUUGGAUCCAGAAAAGCAUUUUCUUGCAGUCAAUGACUUCAAAUUCAAGUGUGGUGCACUUUACGUUCAUGCAAAAGUACCUAACUAAACGAGGUUGACUAUAUGACCAAAAUUUGUGCCAAAUAAAACCAAUAGAGUGAAUCUAACUUUAGGCUCAAUCCCACUCAUUUUCAUGCUUUUUUCCCCCUCUCCAGCCCCUUUCUUUAAGGAUGGAAAGUCAAAAUGGUAGACUCAUUAGCACGAUAUUGCCAACUAAACACUUUGAAUUCAAGAAACUUAACAUUUUAUUAUGUUCCCAUUCUUCUCCAAUCUCCAUUUCCAUAACCCUCUGGUUCAAGUUUUCUAACCACGUUUGUUUCAACUUCCCUAAAGUUUUCAAUAUUACAGUCGAGAUUGUAGGAUUCUUUUUCUUUUUCUUUUACGUUUAAAUAGUAUGAAGCCAAACGGAUCGAAUGGGCAGCGAUUCAUCAUUUCUUGUUUCUUCUUCAUUGUAUUCCUCUGUAUUUUAGCAUUUGUCAAUGAAAUUCGACUUGACAGUCUAAUGAAAUUUGGAAAAUGUGCUUUCACUCAUACUUCCCACAAUUCAUCUGCAGAAAAUUUUCUUGUUGCAAAUUUGACCACAGCAAAUUCUUCUUCUGAUGAUAUAAGAAUACUCAUUGGGAUUUUGACACUACCUGAUCACUAUCAUAAAAGACACUUUUUGAGGCUUAUCUACGGCACGCAAUCUCCGGUCGGAGGACGAGUCGAUGUGAAAUUCGUGUUCUGCAAUCUCACUAAAGAAGAUCAAACGGUGUUAGUGGCACUAGAGAUCAUGCGUUACGAUGAUAUCAUAAUCAUGAAUUGUCAAGAGAAUAUGAACAAGGGUAAAACCUACACUUACUUUUCGAGCUUGCCGGAGAUGCUAAACACCACGGAUGGGCCAUAUCCACCGUAUCAUUAUGUGAUGAAAGGGGAUGAUGAUGCAUAUUUCAGGUUACAAAGUUUAGUAGAUUCCUUAAGGCCAUUGCCUAGAGAAGAUUUGUACUAUGGAUAUGUUAUCCCAUGCCCGAGUAUGGAUCCAUUCGUACAUUACAUGUCCGGUAUGGGCUAUUUAAUUUCUUGGGAUAUCGUCGAAUGGGUUAGGGACUCGGAUAUUCCAAAGAAUCAUUUGGAAGGACCCGAGGAUAAAAAUUUUGGCCAGUGGCUACGAGAUGGUCGUCGGGGAAAGAACAGGUACAAUGCUAAAUGGUCGAUGUACAAUUAUCCCGAGCCUCCCACGAGAUGUACGCACGAACUUUGGCCGGACACCAUCGCCGUUCACCUUUUGAAGACACAAGAGAAGUGGAUUCGAACAUUGAAGUAUUUUAAUGUCACUCAAAACUUGAAACCUUCUAAAUUGUAUCAUAUACCAUAGGUAAUCCAUGUAUUUAUUGGGCUCUUUUUUUUGUCCAUUUUACCAGCAUAGGCUGAUUAAUUGAUUAUUAUAUAAAUUUUCAAGAAAUUAAAUUUC